GAAAUCACCCUUUGGCUCCCACAGCUCUGGAUUUGUUCCUCGAGGAAGACGUGUCUGUUGAGGCUUCAAUUCCCUCUUCACUCGGUGAUUCCAGGAUGGAGUUCCUGAUGUUCCUAGCUUUUCCUAUGAUGGCAAGUGGCUGUUUCCUGGGACAAAGGUCCAGCCUGUCCUUGGGAAUCUUCGCUCUGACCCUGUCCACUCUGCCUUGGCCGGGGGAGACAACUGCAGUAUCUGAAACUCAGUUGCUGAAUAAUCUGUGGAAAAUGGGUACCACCCUCAAAGGCAAAGCCAAGAUGGUUUACAAUCAGUAUGCAGAGCGACACUCUUUGAGAGAAAAAAUACAGAAAACGUAUCCAUUUUGUAACUCCGCCUAUCUACCUCAUCCUCAGAGCCGAGAAGUCAUCAGAGCCAAGCCUCCAGCUGAACUGUUGAAGUUUGCGGCAGAACUCAUUCGAGCCUGGGUUCCCGCUACCAUGCACCUUGGAAUCAAUGGACCCGAAAUUAAUCCACACGAAAGGCUCUAUAACUUCCUGUGGGAAGCGUACGAACUAAUCAUUCUGUACUUCAAGGAAAUUCUCGAGCAACCCUUUCUUCCUGAUGACAUCAGCUACAACUACGGCCACUUUGUUUUAAAAGAAGACACCCAUGAGGAGCAGUUGAAGAAUGCGAUUAAGCUGCACUGCUUCCUGAGAGACAUGAAGAAGGUUGAGGAGUAUUUGUUCACGGCAUACUGUUAAGUUUGGGGAAACGUUUAUUGCAGUGAGGAUGAAAGUCAAUUCCUGCAUGACUAUCCCACGUUCCCCUGGAUUCCAGGAGAUUCUCCCCAUCACCCAUCUCUCCCCAGAAACUCUAUCCCACAGUCUCUGGGUUCCUGUUCCCCCUCCUCACUGAUCCCAGACAAACUUCCUGAUUUCCUCCAUUACUGCCUCACUGGUUGUCUUUGUCCCCUCAGCUGUAGUAGCAGGAGCAGCAGCGGCAGCUGCAGCAGCAGCAUUCAUGGAGCACCCACCCGAUACAGUACCCUGGACUAAGCACUUGGAAGUACCGAAUAAAGAAACAACACAUUCCCCGUC